CUUCCUUAGGCCCCCGGUUUCGGAUACGAACCUCUCCAGGCUCAUAGGCCUUCGCGUCGAACUUCGCUGCUGUUCGUGACCUCGUCUCAUCGCCCUUCCUGUCGCUCUCCUCAGUCUGUCAUGACUCACCGUCGUUGUUCGCUGCUAGCCUAAUAUAUUCUGGAAGCUAUACUUUUACUUACGUGGGUUGCUCCGUUCAAGGAAGAACUUGCUGAUGGAAGCGUCUGGUGAUUAUGGAAAGAAGACGAAGCACUUUGUAUUAAUCCAUGGAGCAAGUCACGGUGCGUGGUGCUGGUACAAGGUGGCCACUCUGUUGAGAUCAAAGGGUCAUAAUGUGACAACGCUUGACUUGGGGGCUUCUGGAAUAAACCCCAAGCAAGUGAAUCAGAUACGUUCCAUUUCUGAUUACUAUGAGCCAUUGAUGGUCUUCAUGGAGUCGGUUCCGGCAAAGGAGAAAGUGAUCCUGGUCGGACAUAGUUUAGGAGGGGUGUCUACUUCUGUUGCCAUGGAGAAGUUUCCUCAUAAAAUAUCAGUUGCAGUUUUUGCUACCGCUUAUGUUCUUAGCCAAAACCUCUCCUAUCCUGCUGUUCUCUCUGAGCUGAGCAGAAGAAACAUUUCAUUGAUGGACACGCAAUUUUUCUUUGAAGAUGGGCCCACUAACCCUCCCACUGCAAGACUUGUUGGGCCCAAAUUCAUGGCAACCCGUAUGUAUCAAUUAUCCUCACCAGAGGAUUUGACACUUGCAUUGUCACUGGUGAGGCCUGUGCCAAUCUAUAAUGAUGCUGAAUUAUUGAGGAAGGAAACAGCUGUCACAAGUAGCAGAAAUGGAAGAGUACCAAAAAUAUUUAUCAAAUGUGAGAAUGACGACUUGAUCACAGAGGACCUCCAAAAUUGGAUGAUUCAGAGAUCUCUUCCAUUUGAUGAUGUCAAAGUGAUUGAAGGCUCAGAUCAUAUGCCUAUGUUUUCUCAACCACUCAAGCUAACCUCUCACCUUCUGCAGAUUGCCAACAUGUAUUAGUUGGAUUCAAAAACUCAGCACAUUAUAAUGAUAUUAUGAGUAUUUGAAGGUCUAUUUUAUUGAUUUUAUCUGAAAUUUACCCAGAA